GUCUGGGGGCACAGCGUGGUCUGUCGUCCCACCGUGGCCCAUUCACAGCAAUGACAGGUGCCAUGGGAAGUAGGUCCAACAGGUACAGCAUUGUGUCAGACAUCAUACCGGAGGAGGAGCUGCAGAAGAUUUCCAGCCUUGCGCUCUACAACGGUCACGGUUCUGCCAACGUGAAGGAGCAGAGCAACGCGGAAAGAGAGGAAGGCAGAAGGAGGCCCGGAGCCUCCACUGUGGUGCCCGGCUCCAGCAGACAAAGAGGCAUGAGCAACUACAACGGGAAGGUCCUGACGAGGGGCUCCAGCCAAGUCCGGAGCCGUUUUGUGAAGAAGAAUGGCCAAUGCAACGUGGUGUUCACUAACAUGGAAGACAGGAGUCAGCGCUACCUCGCCGACAUCUUCACCACCUGCGUGGACAUCCGCUGGAGAUACCUACUGCUUAUAUUCUGCACCAGCUUUCUGAUCUCAUGGCUGAUCUUUGGUAUAAUCUUUUACAUUGUCGCCCUUGCACAUGGGGACUUUGAUGAACCCACUAAUCAGAAAUCUAAUGUGCUGGUGACAGGAAUGUAUGGAGCCUCCUCUGGGCAUGCAGUCGGUGGGCAGACACAAAGGAUGCCCUGCAUACUGCACGUUCAGGGCUUUGUUGGGGCGCUCCUCUUCUCCAUGGAAACCCAGACUACUAUUGGUUACGGCUGGCGCUGUGUUACAGAGGAGUGUCCUCUGGCUGUGUUGACAGUGGUUAUACAGUCCAUUGUUGGUUGCAUCAUUGACUCCUUCAUGAUUGGCACCAUCAUGGCGAAGAUGGCACGGCCAAAGAAGAGGAACCAGACCCUGAUGUUCUCCAAAAACGCCGUCAUUGCUCUUCGUGAUGGCAAACUGUGCCUGAUGUGGCGGGUAGGCAACCUGCGGAGAAGCCACAUCGUGGAAGCUCAUGUCCGUGCGCAGCUCAUACGAUCGUAUGUCACAGCUGAGGGCGAGUUCAUCCCUUUGGAACAGAUGGACCUCAAUGUGGGCUACGAUGAAGGCACGGACAGGCUGUUUUUAGUGUCUCCACUGGUCAUAGUCCAUGAGAUAGACAAGGAUAGCCCCUUGUACACCCUGAGCCGAGCUGAUCUGGAAGCAGACGACUUUGAGAUCGUUGUGAUCUUGGAGGGGAUGGUGGAGGCCACAGCCAUGACCACGCAGUUCCGUAGUUCUUACCUUGCAAGAGAAAUCUUCUGGGGUCACAGGUUUGAGCCGGUGAUCUACGAGGACCGGGACCGCUACAAGGUAGACUACGCACGAUUCCACAAUACCUACGAGGUCACGUCAACGCCCCAUCUCAGCGCAAAAGAGCUCGAUGAAGUGGCGAGCCGAGCGUCCUCCACUGCAUCUCGCGCAUCGGCACAUAGGUCUACGCAAGACUUGAUCUCGCGGCCUCUGACCGCCUUCUGCUACGAGAACGAGGUCGCACUGAGCUGUGCGGAGGAGGAAGAGGAAGACAUAUUUGACUCCACACAGAUGGUAGGGAAGGACAGGGCAGAGGAGAGGAGGACUUCUGUUGAUUUUCAAAGCAUGUUUCACGACACAGCAACCAUAACCUCAGGCAGUCACAAUGUGAUGUGUGUUCUGGACAUGGACAAUAACCAGAUGGAGUUUGACAUCCUACAGACUGCGAUUCCUCUUGAUCCAGUCAGCUAUAAGAGUGAACAAGAGGCCUAAAGAGCGGGAGCUUGGGUUGUUUGUCCAGAAAGUUGGAUGUGUGUUCAGCUUACAUCAACAAGAACAAAAGCUGAAGCUCAUUUUGCCUUUCCAGUGUUUUCUUUCUUUCUUUCUCUCUCUUUUUUUUAAAUUGUUGUUGUCUUUUCACGUAUUGUGUUAAAAUUUCAGCAGUAUAGUUUUUCCAAGACUGCAAUGCUUGGAGGGCCAUAGUGAUCAAGGAGACUGAUUCAGCAUGUGGACAAAAUAUCUCUGACGAACAUUUGGCUUUAUUUAACUGUGAGUUCAUCACCAAAUGAAAGCACAAGCUUGUUAAGACCAAUAAUUUAAAGUAUACUUUAGAAUGUGUGUAUAUUUCAAAAUUACCUUUGUAUAAAAUACUUUAUUUGAAAUGUAACUACAAGAUUUUAGAAGAAAGCAACUGAUUUAGUUAAAAAUUCUCUGCAUUGUACUGAAAAGCUUGCAAUUUCAGGGGGCAGUUCUGAGUACAUCCCUGAAGCAACUUAGCCAUUUAAGGGCAUUCUCUAAGUGUAGCAGAUGGGUUUAUUUGCAUUUCUGAAAUCAACAGUUCAGGUUGUUCUGCAGUGGAGUUGUGUGGAAUAAUUACAACCAGUCACAAUUUAAUCUGGCGCAGCAGUCAGAGUGAUCUGAGGAGCUCAGAUAUUCUCAUGUGAGAGUCAAGCUAACAGCGACUUAGAUAUUAGCCAGCUGAAGCAAUGCUGCAUUAAAAUGACACACCAGCUCAGAAGGAUAUAAUACUUAGAUAUUCUUCAGUUUUGUUUUUAAAACUUUCUUGCAAAUUUACAACACUGAUGACCCAUUUAGCCUCACAUCUGCCAACCCAGACCUCAACAUCCAAUAUGGCUGCCAUGCGUUUCUCACAAAGCAAUUGUUGCAAUAGUAAAAAGUCAAUUUGCUCUUUUUCUCUCUUGCAAUUUGUUCUCAGUAAGUCACUUUCCAUUCGUAGAGCUGUACAUAUUCUGCUGUUGAGUGCUUUGCUGUGGUGUUUGUCAUUGCUUGCUAAGUGCUAAUAGUAGUUAGCUUCAGGUAGGAAUUAUUAUUAUAUUUACCUUGUAAAGCAUUAAAAAUAUCUUUGUAAUAUUUUGUAUGUGCACAAACUAUUGCUGUUUAUGCCUGAUCCUACAAACUCCUGAUUGCUGUCUAGUGCAGGGAAGCUAAUGACUACUGCUAGCUACUCCACAGUGCCCCACACAGAAACAGCUAAACAAACUUCACAUCUAACACAGCUUUUUUAUUGCCUGUUUUGAAUUUUCGUAAAAGACCCUGCAUUUCAAAUGUUCAGUGGUUAAAUUGACUUUUAUGUGACAUAAAAUGUAAAUUAGAUUUCAGAUUCUAUGAAGACGGAAACAGAUUGAUUUGCUACAAUUGAAAAUAAUCAAAGUAGGAGGUUUUUUUUGGUUGAUUAUUUGAUUGGUUGCAUAUAUAGUUCUGCUUUUUCAGCUUUGUUUCUAGUGAAGGUGCGAUGAGGGAAGUGGCUUUAAGUUGUAUCUGUACUGUUGCUGUUUGCCAAAUGUCUGGAGUUUGGAGGGGAAAAGCGGAGGAGUGCCUCUGAUCCCGUAUGGGGGUAAUGUGGAGAACAGGGCAGUUUAAGUGUACUUGGUGUCUGUGACGGUGUCUGUGACGGGGUGAAAGGUCGCCGCGAGGCCCGAACAGGAAACAAAAGGGAUGAAGGCUGCUAGUACAGUCAUCGGACAUGCUCAGCAUGUCGCUGGAUUUGCACAGAGAGGAUUAAUUCAAGAGUAACUGAAUGUCAUGGGAAGUGCUUCAGUCUGAGAUGGUGCAAUGACUGUAUAAUAGAUGAUAUUAUAAGACGACAACUCAGGAUGACGAGAGGUUUGGAUGCUAGAAUGUGAUCUAACUCUGAUUUUAGGGACUUUGUGUAUAAACGAUUGUUUGUUAAGGAUUAGAAGCCAUUCAUACACAUAUAAGUAACACCAAAGCAAGAAAGCUGGUUUGCUUUUGAAAAUGUAAAUCAGAACAAAAUUAUAUAAAAAAAAAUGAAAUCAUUAAAA